AUUUGAUUAAACUUAUGAAUUUUGGAAGUUUCCCCAAAAAAAUAUAAAUUAUACGAACGUUAAUAUGAAUCUAAUUAAUUACUUGAGGAUGAAUAAUGUACUUGUUGUUUUGGCGUUUUUGCYAUUAUCUUCGACUUCAGUUUACUGUGACGAACAAAAUCCGGGUUCUAUAGUUGCUGUAAAUGUAGACGAUAAAGACAGUCAAGAUGACGAAGCUGCGGUUCAUUCAUUUACCGAUGAGGAAGAUCUUGAAGUAUUUCAGCCAACUUCGGAGUGGCAGGAGCUAAAGCCAGGACAAGCUAUCCCACCAGGUCUACAUGUCCAAGUGGACAUACAAACAGGCAAGAAACAAGCAAAACUAAUGGAUGGCGAUAAUGGAGAGCGUUUUCGUAAUCAUGAAAAGACCAAAUAUUUCAGAAGAGAGAAUSAAGCUAAGCRGGCUAAGCAAAAGUUUGUUCAAAUCGAUAAAAACAUUUUCUCCAAACAAAAGUUGAAAGAUGCUUUGAAGGAUUUUAAGGACAAAUUCCAYGAUGAUAAGCCAGAAAUACCAGAGGAUGCAAAUGCAAUUAAGGACAAGUUUCGAUCAAUAAAAGAGAUACGACAAGAUUUGGAAGAUGCAAAUCUGUUUCCUAAAAAGGACAUUGAAYUUAUCCAAGAAUAUGUUGCAGUUCUUAACAAAAGUACCUCAACAUUGGAUGAAAAGGAGCAUGCAUUAAAUGAGUUAGAAUUCUUUCUUCAUCAGACUGACAAUGCUGUUGAUUUCAAAACAAUUGGAGGUCUUGAGCUUGUUGUGAAAUUACUAAAUAGCUCUGAGGAAGGGCUAGUUAUUAAAGCAGCACAUGUGCUUGGAUCUGCAGCUCAAAGCAACCUUCCUGUUCAGAAAGCUGCUCAAAACUAUGGUGCCAUUCCUUUACUCAUUCGUCUCCUUCCACAAAAACAUACAAUAAACRUUCGACGUAAAGCACUGUUUGCUCUAUCAUCUAUUAUCCGUCUAUAUUCAAAUGCUCAACAAGAGUUUCUCAAGCUGAAUGGACUUGAAUUAUUUCAAAAACUGCUAAAUGAACAUGGUGGUGAUGUGUUGAAAGUCAAAGUUAUAACAUUGACAACUGAUAUUCUUACAGAACAGUUUGAUUAUGUAAGGUACAAAGUACAGAAACAAGAUUCCAAGAACAUUGAAGCAGUUUUGAAACAGAUCCCACUCCUGAAAGCCAUGGUUAAACAAGGAUGGUGUAAAAUGCUGCAAAACCUUCUCAGCACUACYGAGAAUGACACCAGAGAAAAGGUUCUUCAAGCUCUGAAUGUAAUGAUUGUUGGAUGCAAAGAAGAGUUUCAAAUUUCCAAAAUUGAUAAAAGUCUGAACAUACUUCAUACUGAACUACAGAAAAGUAUUAAAGAUGCUGACAGUGAAGAAGGAGAGUAUUUUGUACAUUUAUCACAGCUGGUAGCAGACAUAAGGAGUAAAUUGAAUUAAAUAGACUUUUAAAUGUGAGAUUUAAAAUAUAUCAAUUGCUUUGUUGAGAAGCCACUUAUUACUGCAUAGACGCUCUAACCAGAACUGGUUAGAGUGUCUUGCUGUAAUUUAACCUCAACAAUCAUUGGAAAAAUAAUGGCCUUUGAAAGGUAUAUUUAAUGUACAACUGAAUGCCAAUUUACAUGAUGCAUUUUUACAUGAGACCUGGUGAGACAUUCAAGUAGUUCUAGCUGUAUAGUCAUUUAUACAGCAUGAUUUUAUCAUGUGUGACAAGUUUCAUCAUAUAAAUGAGCCUUUCUAAACAAUAUUAUUUUUAUAAUCAUGACAGAGACAAAUGACAACUUAUGCAACAUGAUUGUUAUUUCAAGGGCAUUAAACCUAUGAAGUAGAUAGUCUGCAAACCAUUGUUUCUUUUGUUCGAGCACAACUAGAUACUUUUGGUUGGUUUAAAUGCCCAGCUCCUAUUUAAAUUGUUAUUAGACCACCAAUAGCAUGGUUUUCACUACCUUGUUCAAUUAUAAAUUUUCAUUAUUUAUUACUUUACAGCUCUUYAUUGUGCACAUUUUUCAUUGUCUGACAUAAUAUGUAAAAUUAGACACUUGAUCCUAAUCAUUAAAACAUGUUGCUGUGUAAGUUACCAUAUCAAAAAAGAAUAUUCAAUUAUGGGAAUUAAUAUAAUAUAAUGAUGAAACAUAAAACCUGUUUUUUUGUAAGGAAGUGUUCCAGCUAAUUUCUCAUAAAGCACGUUGACUGAAUAACUAAUUUGUGCUAUUGACAGGAUGCGUGUUUUGAUAUUGUAUCAGGUUUAUAAAUUCACAUCUUUACCAGCUCCUAUGGAUAAAGUUAUUUUCACUGAUUUCAUUGGCAGAACCAGCUUCCAUAUUUUUUUUUUAGAUUUUGUCUCCUUAUGAUCUGAGUAGAGUCUGUUAUACAACUGUCAUAAUAUAUGGAUGUCCAUAUAUAUGGCUCAUUUAUGGCUCUUGUGUACACAUAGCAGGGUCUCGUGCCCCUAUUUUUAUUUUCAAUCUUAUGUAACAACAUGUUAUUUAUGAAUGCAGUUGCAUAACUCUCACAAAAAUAGCGAAUUGAACUCAUGGCUUAAUAGUUGGGUUUAUGGAAUUUGAAAAUAUGGGGUUAGGCAAUGCAUAGCAAUGGUUUUGAAAUCUAGCUUGUCCUUAAAAAAUUAUUGUUAGUUGAASUUUAUGUCUUUGAAUUUUUUUAUGUUCUUCACAUAAUAGGGACAUGGGAGCCUUGUAUGUGUACAUCAGCCCUAUCUGGAAGUUGUCUAUGACAGAUUAUUCUACCSCAUACAUAUUCAGUCCCAAAGGCUGCAUCCUGAUCCUGGGGCAUUUCUCAAUGGGAUGAAUUUCUAUCAUCUGAUAAUUUUUUUUUAAUAUUAAUGAUUUAAGCAUAAAAUGUUCAUUUUUGCCAGAUUUUAGCAGUCAAGUGAAGUACAAAUAGAUUUUUUUUAACUGCCUGGGUUCCAGCUUUUCAAAACAAAAUUCACAAAAAUGAUAGUUAUAGUCCUGGACCAUCUGGACAUCAGUGCUACUACUGGUUUUCUUUUGCUUAAUUGAGUCAAUUUUUAAUUAAAAAAUCUUGACAACAAAAAUCAGCUGAUGUCAUUUGGGUUCCCUGUGUAUCCAUAAAAUUCCUUUUUAUACUGAAGCUUCUUACCAGUAUUAAGCUUAUGUGUCGAAUCC